CGCAAGCAUAUUUGGAAAAUUUUCAAACGAUGCAAUCGCGGUUGCCUAGCGACCGGCGUUUGUUCAUUAUUUUGUAAUGGCGUUUACGGCUGUCAAAUCUGACAUUUUACUUGUUAUCUCGUAAAAUAAUGAUAACGUAACGUUUUAUUUGUAAAUUACACGGUACGUUUGUUGCGCCAGUGCCUGUUUUGUUUACCGAAGUGAUCAGUGUUUAUUUACUAUUCGGCCGAUAAUGUACCACCCAUUUUGCUCCUGAGUAGGAAGAUAUCAAUAAAUAUUAUGUUUUUUCGUGAGGGAGCCUUCAAAGGCCGGGUUAUUUUAUUAAUAUGGACACUGGAACAUUAGGGUCCAUGUUAACAAAAACCCAACGGCUAGUUCUGGGCUCUUGUGUCUUAAUUUUGGUCGAUGUCAUAUGGGUUUCAUCUUCAGAGCUUACAAAGUUCAUAUACAGCAAUGAAACAUUCGAAAAGCCCUUCUUUUGCACCUACAUCAAAACUUCAAUGUUCACCCUGUACUUAUUGGGCUUCAUAUUUUGGCCCCCAUGGAAAGACACGUGCACUAGACCCACAAAUUACGUUUACAUAGACCCAGAUCAAGAAGAUGACAAUUUUUAUGCAGAAACCAUUAGUAGCUUAAGCAACCCCGUUUAUAUACCUGUAAAAACCCCAGAGAGAGAAACUUUAGAUAGAAAUUCAGGGACUGAAAGCGAUGACUCUUCCGUGAGAUCUGUUAGGUUUAAUAAGUUGGCAGAAGUGAGACACAUGUCCGAGACGGAUGCUACGGAGGCUUUAUUAGCCAGGCUUUCUUACCAAGCGAGCUUAAGAGCGGGGGAAUUUGCUAAAAGGGCUGCCAUUAAGCUGCCAAUAUUUCGGGUAGCUAAAAUUGCUUUUAUAUUUUGCUUCUUGUGGUUUCUUGCAAAUUAUACAUACCAAGUAGCUUUAUCAGAAACAGAGGCUGGUAUGGUGAAUGUACUUUCAUCUACAUCCAGUUUGUUUACAUUAAUUUUAGCAGCUGUAUUCCCUUCAACAAACACAGAUAAAUUUACACUAUCCAAACUGUUGGCUGUAUUUUUAAGUAUAACAGGAAUUGUUCUGGUCAGUUUUUCUGAUUUAACUAUGGAAUCACAGGUUCCAAUGGGGGCUGUUUUGUCCUUGUUUAGUGCAUUUUUUUAUGCAGCUUAUCUUGUAUUUUUAAGAAGAAAAGUGGACCAUGAGGAUAAAAUUGAUAUUCCUCUAUUUUUUGGUUUCGUCGGUCUAUUCAACCUGCUCCUCCUCUGGCCGCUGUUCUUCUUCCUGCACUUCAGCGAGCUGGAGACGUUCGAGUGGCCGACGCGCGAGCAGAUGACGUUCUUGCUCCUCAACGGGCUGCUCGGCACCGUGAUAUCCGAGGCGCUGUGGCUGUGGGGCUGCUUCCUCACCUCCUCGCUCAUGGCCACCGUGGCCAUGAGCCUCACCAUCCCCAUGACCAUGAUGGCGGACGUGGUGCUCAAGCGGGUCGCGUACCCGGCGCUGUUUUACGGCGGCACGCUUCCCAUGCUGUGCGCCUUCGUCGCCGUCGCCUUGCUCAGUCACCGGGAGCACUGGGACCCUGUUUUUGAUGUUCUAAGCUGCGCCUUUAGUUACGUUUGCCGUCGAACCAGAGGACCACGUUUUAGGUUCAAUGAUAUACCUUCAGAACAAACUGAAGCACUUAUUGGCAUAAACAGCAAUGAACAUGAAGCUUAAUCAAAAAUUAAAUUUUUUAUGUUAUACCUACUUUAAAAUUUUCCAAAACGUACUUUUUUGGUGCUUUUAAACAUUGUGAUUUUUUAUAAUUUUAAGUAUUAUUAAGUUU